AUGGCCUUCCCGCCCGCCGUCGACCACCACAGCCCUAGCCCUAACCACCUCUACCUUGAAUCCCUCCCUCUCAUUGACCUCGGCCUCCUCUCUCAAUCAGACCUCUACUCUCUCUCCCUCAUCUCCUCCUCCUCCUCCUCCCAAUCCCACCCCACCCGCCGCUUCGACGAUGACGUAUUGAUCCCCAAAAUCGACCGUUCCGUCUUCAAUGAAUCCGCCGGCAGCCGCAAGCAGACCUACUCCCGCCUCCGCCUCGCUCCUCGUAACUCCCAAUUCCCAAUCCCAAACCCCAAAUCGCAGAAAACGAUUCCCCAUUACCACCCCCAAGACUCCGAAACCCUCCAGAUUAUCGCUCUCUUGAAACAGCUUUUUCCCUCAGAAAAAGCCCCAAAUGAAAACGACGGCGUGCUCGUCCCUGUCCCCGUCCGCCUCGUCCAAUAUGACGCCACGCCCGGCCCCUUCGUGGAAAACUUCCCGGCUGGACUCUCCAUCGAUAUCAGUACGAAGAGGAAGAGAGGCCGCCCGCGUAAGGAUCACAAUGCCAUUAUAUCUUACCCGAGCGUCAACGCUGAUGUUUCGAUGAAGAUGCGUGGCGGUGACAAUACGCCGCCCGGGAUUGUUGUUCAGAGCAGUGAGGGCAGCCGGAAGCGAGGCCGGCCGCGGAAAGAUGAGAACAGAGUGGUUUCGGUGGCUAAGCGUGAGAAGAAAGUGACGGUCAAGGAAGGGAAAGUGAAGGUGGAGGAGGCUGAGAUGGUGAUGGUGAACGGAAAUGGAGUUAUUGUGGACUUGGCUGUGGUAGAGAAUGCGGACGGUUUGUUUGGGGAGGAGUUGAGAAGGAGGACGGAGGGGAUGGAGACCCAGGCGCAGUUGUUAGGGUUUCUGGGAGGGUUGGACGGGCAGUGGUCGAGCGCUAGGAAGAAGAGGAAGAUUGUGCCUGCGGGUGAGCUUGGUGACGUGUUGCCGAUGCAUUGGAAGAUUUUGCUAUCUCUCAAGAGGAAUGGAGGGCUAGUUCGACUCUUCUGUAAACGAUACAUAAGCCCUAAUGGGCAGCAGUUUGUGUCGUGCAAGGAAGUUAAUUCGUACUUGAUCUCUUAUUUUGGAGUUGGAAACAAGUCAAUUCCUGGUCAUACUGGUGGCAGUAUUCAGCUUUCUAAUAAAAUGGUUUCUGGAGAUGGUAUGCAACAGGAUACAAAUCUUACCUUUGAAGAUGAGAGCAAGGUUAAUGAGCUUGCUAGCCACUCGCUAAUGCCUGUUACUUCAGUAUCACCUGGUCAUGAGAAACAAGAAAACUUCUUUCUUACAGAAAAUUUACAGGAAUUUCAAGCAGGAGAAGAAAUGGGCAUGACUAAGAAGGUUGACCAGAUAAAGACUGGUAUUCUGCAGACAUCUUUGAAGAUUUAUGAGUCAGGUCAAAUAGACAGGGAAGCAUCUUCUGAUGCAGUAGCCAAAUAUGAAUCGAGUGCUGGUUUUCCUUGUGGUAAAGUGAACAAUGAUAUCACAAAUUGUUUUGGAUCGAACAAUAGUGAAUCUAAUUCAUUGUCUUGUGAGGAUCAAGCUUUGAAGAAUAAUAAAAUUGGUAAGGAUUUGGGAUUUUCUGAGCAGGGUAGUGCAGUUAUUAUGACAAAUGAUAAGUUGGUGGAUGAGCCUACUGGUCCUGGUCUCAGCUCUGCUGAAACAAAUAUUUUGGACUGCUUUCGUGAUGGAAUAAAUGAUGGUUUUAAGGCUUCUGUGAGUUCAGUUGAUUUGCCCAAUGUAGACACUGAUACUGCUUUAAAUGGUACACAAAAAGAACGGAGGUCUGAGAAUAUUGAUAACAACCAAUUAACUAGCACAGAAGAAAAUACAAAAUUUGAUGAUGUGGAUGAUCGUGGGAAUGGCAGGUCAAUAUCUGGUAUUAGUGAGAGUUGCAUUGGACCCCAGAAUGUUUGUACUAAUGUCGUGCAGCAAAGUACUUCUGAAGCCUGCUCGCUUCUUCCUUCAACUAUCAUACAGUCUCUACAGAAAAGAGGCUCUGAAAGAGGUUUAUGUAGUACUACUGUUGAGAAAACAUGUGAUGUCAGGGAUGAUUACAAUAGUGAGUCACUCUACACAUCUUAUGGACCCAAGUUUGAUAAUAUUGAUCUAUCUGGGAAUGACGACAAGGCAAUCAGUUUAAGCAGCGACCAUGCCAUGCCGAAUGUGGGUGCAGUGGAAAUCAAUGAGCAUGUUAGAAGUACUGGGAGCUGUUCAAGCGGUCCAGGUCUGGAUGGACAAAGUUGUAUUGCAUUAAGUAAUGCAAAGAAUCCUAGUUGCAUAGUGGAGGAACUCUGGCAGGAAAAGAGUUUUCAAGGCAAUGAGUCUGUUCCAUUUGUUAAACCGGGCAGGGGUUCUUCUGAAACUGGUAUGAUUUACCCCUCUGGCUAUGCACGGAAUGUGAAUAGCACAAACUCAAGCUCAAUGGAAGAAUCAAAACAUGAGGAUUCUAAAAGGUCUUGGAAUAACGAGGUAAUGCUUUCUUUUAGCAGCAGUUACGCUGGAUCAGUUGCCAAUUCUAUGACAAACACUCUGCAUGAAAGGAGUUCUGGAGGACCUUCCCUUGUUUAUUCAGGGAAUAGUCAAACAUUUUCCACUGGAAAUAAAUUAACUGGCAUUUUCAGUAGCUCAGUAUCGGAUGAUAAACUUAGUAGAGGUUCUGUUGAUGGUUCAAUACAUCCAAAUGGUGAAGAACAAAUCCCUGGGAUAGAACAUAAUAUAAACAGGGUUUAUGGCAGCAUAAUGUGGGAGCAGCCUAACACUGAGAAUGCAGAAAAGUCCAGGAACAAUGAGCCUCUAAAUCAUUCCCAACCUUCUGGGGAUGUCAUGGCUGAAUUUAUGUGGAGAAGUGAUGAGCAAAAUGUUCAGCUGAGUGGACUGGUUGAUACACCAUUUGAACUCAUGCAAUCAUCUGGCUACUAUCCGAACAGUGGUCUGUUGUCUGACAAGGGUGCAAAUGGAGUUUUAAGUGUAAAUGAAAAGCGUGACAACAUGUCAGGUUUGGAAGGAUUGAAACUGGGUCAGUUUGAUUACAAUUUCCCAACAGUGCAAGCAACCUCACGUACAAAGGAAUCAAAAGUGUUGUCAUAUGAUGGAGAGAUGGAACAAGGUUUCAGUUCAUCGGAUUGGCUUGAAAAGGAAUCUUUGCCCUCAAUGCCAAAUAACGCAAGCAGGUAUGAGAUUAACACCUGUGUCUGGUGCAGAAAUGAGUUUCAUCAUGAGGUUUGUGAACGGACACAACCUGGUUCUGUCGGUUUGAUAUGUGCAACCUGCCAGGCCAAUUUCUCAGGCAAUUUUUUGUAGUUAUUCAUUUGUGCUGUUGCUCCCAGUGAUGGUUUUCUUGUUAUAUAUCCAUCCUCCUUGCAAGAAGAAGAAUUCUUGGUUGAGGCUUUGAUGGAACUGUUUUGAAGAUCACUUUUGCUCGUUGAUAGAUCUAAUGUUCCCAUGCAAGAGGCUGAUAUUUCCGGUUCUGGUAUGGAGCUCUAUGUCCAUUUCUUGCCAGAGGUUGCAGCAGCACAUUUACAUUUUGCUUUCCCUCUCUUUAGGUCUAAAUGAUUGUGUCAUAAUCUGAUUGAAUUAGGCCUUUUCUUUUUCCUUUCCGGCGGAGGACAUUUUUCAUAUACUCCGCACGAGAAAGAAACUGAAUGUCCAAUUAGGUUUUUUGGACUAACUUGUGCAUAACAACUUCGAUAACAUUUUCUGCUCCAAAUAUUAGUCUCUCAAACAAAACAUUUAUUUUGUUAACGAAGAUGGUGACGAUAAGAAUUCUUAUGCUGUUGAGAACA